AUGGACGACGAGGCGGCCCGCACGGGGAGCGUCGAUGGGGGCACCGUCUAUCGGUACCAGCAAGAGAUUGCGCAGAUGAUGUUUGUGUCGACUGAGAUCGACAACCCUGACCCCCGAGUGACACGCCUGAUCGAAGACAUUGUACGGAACCAGGUGAUUGAAAUGAUUAUCCAGUCGCGCCAACUCGCACAGCGGCGCCAGUCCAAGUACCUCGCGCCGGAAGACCUCAUCUUCUUGAUCCGGUACGACCGGGCCAAGGUGAACCGCUUGCGCACUUACUUGAGCUGGAAGGACGUGCGCAAGAAUGCCAAAGACAGCGGCGGCGAUACCGGCGGGCCCGGCGGCGGUGGCGCUGAUGGUGACGGUAUGGACGAGGCGGGCGAUGACAGCCCACUCCGUGUGAACAAGCGUAAGAUGCGCCUGCCCUGGGACCUCGGGUCGUUGUUUAGCGACUUUCCCCGUGUGGCCGGCGCGCCCGCCGACGACGCCGACGAGGACGACGAAGAUAUCAUCGAGACAAACGAAGAUUCGCUGCGUCGGCUCAAGGCGGCCGACGAGACGACGCGCCGUAUGACGCGCGACGAGUAUGUGUUCUACUCCGAAUGCCGACAGGCGUCGUUCACGUUCCGCAAGGCGAAACGGUUCCGCGAAUUCAUCCACGCAGGUAUGUACUUGGAUGUGAAGCCCAGCGACGAUACCAUCGACAUCCUGGGCUUUCUUGCAUUCGAAGUCGUGCAUGAGCUAUGUACACGUGCCAUGCAAAUCAAGCAUGAAUGGGAUACGCGCGCGCAGGCCAUGCGAGUACAGAAGGAGAAGGCCGACGAUGGCUCGCUGGACCGAGAGGCGCAGUGCACGCUCUUCAGCUUUCCGCCCAAUAUUGAGUCGCCGCUCGAGGCAUGGCAUAUACGCGAGGCAUUCACAGCGCUACAGCGCGAGCACAAGUUUAUGGAACUGGGGCGCGGCACGGCAGGUCCGGCCGGCGGACUCCGCCGCACGCAAGUGUUUGUCAUUUAG